GGAGUGCACACCUGUCCAGCUGCACCUGCGCUGCGGGGAAAGGUUCUGCUAGGGGAGGCGCAGUCGGCAGGGCAGCCUGACAGCAGGGACCCAAUGGAGGAGCUGGUGGGGCUGCGUGAGGGGUCCCCAGGGAGCCCAGUGGCUCUCCACGAGCUCUGGGGCCGGUGUCCCCACAUCCGUCGAGGCAUCCGGGGGGGCCUGGAGUGGCUGAGGCAGAGGCUGUUCCACAUGGGUGAGGACUGGUGCUUCCUUAUGGCCCUCGGGGUGCUCAUGGCGCUGAUCAGCUAUGCCAUGAACUUCGCUGUGGCACGUGUGGUCCAAGCACACAACUGGCUGUACCAGGAGAUCGGGGACAGCCACCUGCUCCACUACCUGUCUUGGACCGUGUACCCGGUAGCCCUUGUGUCCUUCUCUUCUGGCUUCUCCCAGAGCAUCACACCCUUCUCUGGAGGGUCUGGGAUCCCGGAGCUGAAGACCAUCCUGUCAGGGGUGGUUCUGGAGGAUUACCUGGACAUCAAGAACUUCGGAGCCAAGGUGGUGGGUCUGUGCUGCACGCUGGCCAGCGGCAGCACCAUCUUCCUGGGCAAAGUGGGUCCCUUUGUGCAUCUGAGUGCGAUGAUCGCUGCCUACCUGGGCCGCGUGCGCACCAGGACCAUCGGAGAGCCUGAGAACAAGAGCAAGCAAAAUGAAAUGCUGGUGGCCGGGGCAGCAGUGGGCGUGGCCACUGUGUUUGCAGCCCCCUUCAGUGGCGUCCUGUUCAGCAUCGAGGUCAUGUCCUCCCACUUCUCUGUCUGGGACUACUGGAGGGGUUUCUUCGCUGCCACCUGCGGCGCCUUCAUGUUCCGCCUGCUGUCCGUGUUCAGCAGCGAGGAGGAGACUAUCACAGUCCUCUUCAGGACAAGCUUCCCCGUGGAGGUGCCCUUCGACCUGCCCGAAAUCUUCUUUUUUGUGGUUCUGGGGGGCAUCUGUGGCAUCAUGAGCUGUGCCUACCUGUUCUGUCAGCGCACCUUCCUGGGCUACCUCAAGACCAAUCGGUUCACCUCCAAACUGCUGGCCACCAGUAAGCCACUGUACUCGGCCCUGGCAGCCCUGGUGCUGGCCUCCAUCACCUACCCCCCUGGCGUGGGCCGCUUCAUUGCUUCUCGGCUGUCCAUGGGCCAGCAUUUGGACUCGCUGUUUGACAACAACUCCUGGGCGCUGGCCACCUGGAACUCGUCCCCACCCUGGCCCAAAGAGCUUGACCCUGAGAACCUGUGGCUGGAGUGGUACCAGCCGGAGUUCACCAUCUUUGGGACGCUGGCCUUCUUCCUGCUCAUGAAGUUCUGGAUGCUGAUUCUGGCCACCACGAUCCCCAUCCCCGCCGGCUACUUCUUGCCCAUAUUCAUCUACGGAGCUGCCAUCGGGCGUCUCUUGGGGGAGGCCCUGUCUGUCACCUUCCCGGAAGGCAUUGUGGCUGGAGGCGUUGUCAACCCCAUCAUGCCUGGGAGCUACGCCCUGGCUGGGGCCGCGGCAUUCUCGGGGGCGGUGACCCACACCAUCUCCACUGCACUGCUGGCCUUCGAGCUGACUGGCCAGAUUGUGCACGGGCUCCCUGUGCUGAUGUGCGUGCUGGCAGCCAAUGCCAUUGCCCAGAGCUGCCAACCCUCCUUCUAUGAUGGCACCAUCAUAGUCAAGAAGCUGCCUUACCUGCCCUGGAUUCGAGGCCGCCGCAUUGGCUCCCACCCGGUGAACGUGGGGCACUUCAUGAACAGCACCAUCACCACACUGGCCAAAGACGCGCCGCUGGAGAAGGUGGUUAAGGUUGUGACCUCCACGGAUGUGACCGAGUACCCCCUGGUGGAGAGCACAGAGUCUCAGAUCCUCGUGGGCACUGUAUGCAGGGCCCAGCUGGUGCAAGCCCUCCUGGCUGGGCCACCUUCCUGGGCUCAAGGACAACAGCGGCUUCUACAGGACCUCCUGUCUGAGGGCUGCCCCACCACACCAGUGACCCUGCAGCUGACCCCAGACACCACACUGCAUCAGGCACACAACCUGUUUGAGCUGUUGAACCUCCAGUCCCUCUUCGUGACGUCGCGGGGCAGAGCUGUGGGCUUUGUGUCCUGGGUGGAGUUGAAGAAGGCGAUUUCCAGCCUGACAAACCCAUCAGCCCCGAAGUGAGCUGGCCUGGCCAGACGACCUGAGGGCUGGGGCCCCCAGCGACAGAGACCCUGCUUCAUCCUCACUACACGCCCCUCCGCCAGCUCAGCUCCAGCCACGCAGGGAGAGGCACCCCAGUCCUGUGUCCCUGUGUCCCAUCCCCGGGGGACACCAGUUACUGCCUCCAGGGACAAAUCCCAAUAGAGCAGGCAACUGGCCAGCGUGGGUGCUCAGGGUUUGGUCAUCAAAGCCGUAAACAGCAGCCCAUGAGGAUGGCCCCGGUGCCCUCUGGUGUUGUAGAUUCCCAGCCUGAAACUCCAAGAAUAAAGCAUCCUGUCUCCCUGC